AUGGCCCCGGCCGUUCCCCUCUGCCGGGCGGGGCCGCCCCGUCCCCGGCCCUGGGCGGCCCGGCGCGGUCCCGCCCUCGCCCGGCUCCCGGCGCGCCGGCUGUGGCGCUGCUGGGCGCUCCUGUGGGGCGGGCUGUGGGGCGGGCUGUGGGGCGGGUUUUGGGGCGGGCUGUGGGACGGGCUGUGGGGCGGGCUGAGGGACGGGCUGUGGGACGGGCUGUGGGGCGGGCUGAGGGACGGGCUGAGGGACGGGCUGUGGGACGGGCUGUGGGGCGGGCUGAGGGACGGGCUGUGGGGCGGGUUUUGGGGCGGGUUUUGGGGCGGGCUGUGGGACGGGCUGUGGGAUGGGCUGUGGGACGGGCUGUGGGAUGGGCUGUGGGACGGGCUGUGGGACGGGCUGUGGGGCGGGCUCGGCCUCGCCGCCCCUUGGCUCCGCCCGGCUCGAGCCCGGCGCCUGCCGGGGCCGGCGGGGGACGCGGGCGCCGCGGCCGCUGCCGCCUCCUCGGCGGGUUCCCCGGGCAGAGCUCCGCCGCCGCUGCCCGCUGCGGGUGGGGAAGCCCGGCCCGGGCCGCUCGAGGGGCGCUCGGGGGCCGUGCCGGGCCCCGGCCCGAACGCUGACGGCCACGUCUCGCCCGCGCGGAAGGCGAAGGGGCCCCUGCAGAAGCGCUACCGGCUGGGUUCGCUGCUGGGCAGCGGCGGCUUCGGCCGCGUCUACGCGGGGACCCGCCUGGCGGACGGAGCCCCGGUGGCCAUCAAAGCCGUGCCCCGGGAUCUCAUCCGGCGCUGGGGCGAGCUGCCCGACGGCACCCUGGCACCCCUGGAGAUCGUGCUGCUGGACAAGGUGUCCAAUGGCUUUCGUGGUGUCAUCCAGCUCCUGGAGUGGUUCGAGCUCCCCAACAGUUUCUUGUUGGUGAUGGAGCGUCCGGAGCGCUCUCGGGACCUCUCUCGCGUAAUCACGGUGUGGAGGUUCCUGCCGGAGGAGAUGGCGUGGGGGCUGUUCCGCCAGGUGCUGAAGGCCGUGCGGCACUGCACCAGCUGCGGCGUCCUGCACCGGGACAUCAAGCCCCAGAACAUCCUCCUCGACCUGGCCACUGGCGAGGCGAAGCUCCUUGACUUUGGAUGUGCCACCUUCCUUCAGGACACCGUCUACACCCAGUUUGCAGGAACACCGUCAUACAGCCCGCCAGAGUGGAUCUGCUUCAAACGCUACCGCGGCGAGGCGGCCACGAUCUGGUCCCUGGGCAUCCUGCUCUACCAGAUGGUCUGCGGGAAGCACCCGUUCUGCAGAGGCACCAACACCAUCUGGGACCAGCUCCCGUUCCCACCACGGGUCUCUCGAGGGUGCCAGCACCUUAUCAGGUGGUGUUUGUCCAUCCGCCCCUCGGACAGGCCAUCACUGGAAGACCUAUUGUGCCAUCCUUGGGUGCAGGGCAUUCACCUGCUCUAGAAGACAGGAGAGAUCCAUGUGCUCACUUUGAUCCAGGGGCCUGACAGCUGGGCCCUCGGCAGAACACUGACAGCCUGGUCUGGCCCCCAGGGAAGGAGAAGGGGCCUCUGGAGAAGCUGUGCCGGGUGGGGCUGCUGCUGGAGACAUCGAGGACGACGUCAGGGAUGACAAGCUCUUUGUUGUUGACCUGGACACCGGCGAGCUGAAGAUGAUGGACUUUGAUUCUGGCCCCUUCCUCCAAGCCGUGCUCCACACGCCGUUUGCAGAUGAGUCCACACCCAGGGGGUGCUCCCGGGCAUUGCUCAGCCUGGCUGGGCACCGAAGGUUCCCCCUUUGCUGGCGGGGAACCCGAUGAAUUCUUCAGCCGGCUGCCAAGCUGCUUCUUGGCAGGAGGGUGGGCUGGGCUCUGGGCUGGGUGUGAAAUGGGAGCCCGGCUCUGCCCCCAGCCUCUGCCACUGCCCCUUUGCUGGGCGGGGCUGGGGCAGGGGCAGCCAGCCUGCCAAAAACAAACCCCCGUGGGGGGAGCAAAGGUGGGGCUGCAGAACACCAGCUGCUUUGGGCUGCAGGCCAGGAAAGGCUUGGGCUGCCUUGGCUUAGGAGCCUUUCUUUGGGCCAAUGCAGCAGGGCAGGGAGAAGGCCUGGGUUUUCCUGAGCUGGAGGAGGUGGGGUUUUUCUUUGGCCUGGAGGGGUUGGGCCUUCCUCAGAACCCUGACAGAAUGUUAACAUUUUACCUUUUUGUCUUGUUUCCACUUUUUGUUUGUAAUCUCUUGUCAUGAAUUUGUUGUUUGUUUUUGAGGGAAGAGUUGGAGCUGGUGCCCAGUCUGGAUUGGGAAGGGCUGGGACCAUCCCUGGAGAGGAUCUGACGUCCCCUCUGAGAAGGCUGAGGACAUCCUUUGGGACACGCUCUUCUUCCAGCAGCAGAUCUUGUGAGGUAGAUCCUCAUCUUGCCCAUCUUGUCAGCAGGAGUGGGAUAAUGGCUUUGGGGAGAUGGCAGCAGGCACAUGAACAUCCCGCUCUUGCAGCUGCUGAGGAGGUUGAUCUCCUGGGCUUGGCUGGAGGAGGUGGCACCUGUGUUGAGUA